GGCAGGUUGGGACCCCCAAAAACAUCCGUGACUGAUCUGACACCCACCCUCUUCUCUCCCCCGCAGAUGUGCACCCCCAGCAACACGCCGGCCACGCCACCCAACUUCCCGGACGCUCUGGCCAUGUUCUCCAAGCUGCGGACCUCCGAGAGCCUGCAGAGCAGCAACAGCCCCAUCACCUCCAUGGCCUGCUCCCCCCCAGGGAGCUUCAGCCCCUUCUGGGCCUCCUCGCCCCCCAGCCACCAGCCUGCCUGGUUGCCCCCCUCCUCGCCCACCGCCCACGGCCUCCACCACCACUUGCACCACCCACAACCUGCCUGGCCCCCUGCCCCUCCGCCUGCCGCCCCCCCACAGAAAGCCGUGGCCACCAUGGACGGCCAGAGAUAAGACUGGGUUAGCAGAGGGGGGGGGGUGGAAAUGGGGGUUGGGGGGGAAGGGAGGUCUGGGCCAGGGCGUUGGGAGCAGGGGCUCCCCAAGAAACGCACUGGAAUAAUUUUCUAGGUUUUAUUAUUAUUUUUAAGGGGGGGGGACAUGCUGCCAGGGAGGACACUGGCCCAUGAGAGCCUCUGCAAGAGUCACUAGCUGGUCUUUUCUCCCCCCAUUAUUUUUUUUUUUAAAU